UGAGGAUAUGCGAUUUAAACAUUUUAUUGUAUUGUAGUGUAGUUGCACAUAAUACGUUAUGUGAAAGGUGUUUGUCAUAAUAAUACAUACCAAAUCUGAAAAUGCAAUUACCACCCCAUGUCUUUGAAAUGGUAGUGUCCAAGGCUUGGAUCCCGGAAGCAAAUCCGGCUGUUUGGUGACGCUGCAUUAGACGACAAGAUAUGGCCCAACCUCGUAAGUAUUUUAGGGUUUUGUUUGCCCUAAAUACCAUAUAAGUAAACUUCGUAUUAAUGGUUGCUAUCAUAAUUUAGUAAUAUAAUAUAUCAGUGAUUUUACAUUGCCAGAGUUUUCGUAGUCUACAAAUGGCGCGUGCAGGUAUGUAAUGGAGUUAGCUUCCAUUGGUAUUGGUGAUGUCACUAACGUUAGCUAGCUAACAUUUACAUGUUACAUUUUAGUCAUUUAGCAGACGCUCUUAUCCAGAGCGACUUACAGUUAGUGAGUGCAUACAUUAUUUUUUGUAAAAAAAAAUCAUACUGGCCCCCCGUGGGAAUCAAACCCACAACCCUGGCGUUGCAAACGCCAUGCUCUACCAACUGAGCUACAUCCCUGACAAGGUUGUAUCUAGCUAGCAAUGUAUUUUACAGGUACAUCAUCAUGAAGACGAUUGGAUUGUAUACAAACUAGCGUUGUCUGUAAUAUGUCUAGUGAGUUUGAAAUAUCUCGUUUACGUUAGCUGAUUAGCUAGCUUGUUAAAUUAGUUAGCUAAGUUAGUUAGCUAGCUAAUCAGGUGGUUCCUCUAGUUAAGGAAUGGGAUGUUCUGCAUGAUUGAGUCUACGAACUACUUCACUAGUCUACACGUAUAAGAUGGGGAAUUAAAUGGUUGCAAUAUUUCCUGUAACCAUUAUGUAUGUGCCCACAGGUUUGUUCAGCUUGGUCCUCCUCACAGUGGCUCUCGGAGCCCAGGCUCUGACCCCAUCCCAUCACCUCUCCCUGUCAGACGUUGCGAGACUUCAAGCCCUCCUGAGCCAACCCUUCACAGACCUGGCAUCAGCAUACUACUCGAUUGUUGGUCUGAGCAAGCUUGGAGCCUCAGUUGCUGAUGAAAAUGUAAGUAUUGAAGGAAAGGGGCUUGACUGGAGUACCCAAAACAUGUAUCCUAUGGCAUGUUUAGUGUUUGCACCAGUGUUAAGUUUGCACCUUAGGCUAUUCACUUCCACAAUGACCACAAUAUUUUCCACUGCAGAAAAAAAUCCUAGGGAGAUACUAGUACAGUUUGUUGCCACAUCAAAUCCUUGUUUUUCCUUUUGCAGGAUGCCUGUCAUUUCCUGAAGGCCCAACUGGACCCCAUGAGUGUCGACUCCCUCUUCUUCGCUGCUGAGGCCAGUCAGGCCAUCUCAGACUGCGAGGUAGGUACUCAUAUAGGGUGCUUGAUUCUAUAUUACCAAAACAUGUAAUUUGCUCCCACAGCAAGAUGAACCAGCGAACAACAUUUAUGUUUGUGGUUUUGGAUGCUCUGCCAGUGAAUUCUUCACUAAUAGAUUGGUUCUGUUGUCUUCUUUAUUCAUCCUCUUUUAGAUCCCGGUGUCCAAUGAGACCCGUGACAUCCUUCUGGCAGCAGUCAGCGAGGACUCUACAGUCACACAGAUCUUCAGAGCUGUCAGCGCCCUCAGUUCCCUAGGGCUUCCUCUGGCUUCACAGGAAGUCGUCGGUGCCCUGGUCGCGCGUAUUGCCAAGGAGGACAACGUCUUGGCGUGAGUAAUACCUGCUGGCCUGGCAGGUGGAACAGACUUGCUGCUGGAUCAUUUCUUUGAUCGUUUGGGAGAUCUGCAAUGUUUUCCUGGUAGAAAUGGGUUUCUGAACUUCAUUGUUUGAAUCCUUUCAAACAAGGUCUACUUUUGAACAGAAGGUAUUCCUAUGGACAUGGAUCUAAAGCUAUGACACCGUUUUGUCAUUGUAUAGUGACUGUUAUUUUCUUGUCUCUCUGUACAGGAUCACCACGGCACUCCAGACUGCCACCCGUCUCUCCCAGCAGGCUGAGCUCGGAGGAAUCCUGGAGGAGAUUGAGGUAAGUUUCACAAGUCCACCAGGUGGUGCUGUGCAACAGGUUUUGUCGGGUAAAUUACUUUGCAAAGUUACUAAUUCCUCACAUGCAAACUGGUUUCUCAAGCAGAGGUGUUGCAUUUUAACCUUUCUCUCCCUCUUAAGGAUCUUGCAGCACGAUUGGAUGACUUGGGUGGAGUGUACCUCCAGUUCGAGGAGGGACUUGAGGCAACUGCCCUGUUUGUGACAGCAGCCUACACUCUCUCAGACCAUGUGGACACAGAGCCUCCUCUGAAAGAGGUAAACUGCUCUCACCAUUUAUGUGGGUGGUAGAUUGAUGCAGGGGAGUUGCAGGCUGCAUGAGUAGGGACAGGGAUUUUUCCUGAACAUGUCCUGGAUUAGACCUCUCUAUAAUAAUUGGUCAUAGAAAUCUAGAAAAACAACUCCCACCUACCUCUUUUUAAAAAAAAAGAUAACUACGCAUGUGGAACUAAUGUGAGCUGUUUUCCACACAGGACCAGGUGAUCCAGUUGGUGAACUCUGUGUUCAGUAAGAAGUCCUGGCACUCCCUGUCUGAGGCGUUCAGCGUAGCAUGUGCUGCUGCCGCCCUCUCCAACAACCGCUUUCAGGUGCCAGUCAUCGUCAGCGCCCAGGGGCCUGCCACCGUCUCCCACAGCCAGCCAAUCCUGCAGGUACGCUGCACUAAAUGUUUUUAUGCUCAUGACUUGGUUGUCAUCAAUUUGAGACACAUUUGAAGGUUUUCGCAUGGAUCUUGAAGUGGAAAAGAGUGAGUGCCCCUACUCUAGUCGAGGGUUUGCCAAACUCGGACCCGGGUGCAUGUUUUUGUUUUUGCCCAAGCUCUAGACAGCUGAUUCAAAUAACCAACUCAUCAAGCUUUAAAUGUUUUAAUCAGCUGUAAUCGUCAAAAACCAAAACGUGCACCCUGGGGGGGGGGCCCAGGACCGAGUUUGGGAAACCCUGCUCUAGUCAACCACUGAGCUAUGGUGUUCUCUCACACAUUAUGCUUUUCUUUUCACUGACCAUCUUUCUGCCUCCUUGUCUUUACCACAGCUUCUGGUGACUGACGUCCUCUCCAAUCCUCUUGUCUCAGCCAGUGUGGUGGUGGAAUCUGCUCAAGCUGUGGCCUCUAAGAGCGUCAUACUCAACCAGGCACCUUUCUCCCUCAGAGAGUAAGUAUGAAAGAAAGAUUAUAAUUUGUCUGGGCAAUAAUGUUGCUAGUUGUGUUGAUUUUUAAUAUGGAUGAUUUGUGUAUGUCAUUUGUUUGUCAGUGUUGCAGUGUUUGUAGUGUGUAAUAAUUAUUUCUACCUGUUCUACAGUGGCAUUUUUGAACUGAACUUCAUGGCCAGCCAGCCAGCAAGUGGAUAUUACCAGUUCUCUGUGGCUGUCACCGGGGACACCCGAUUGGUUGCCAAUCAGGUUGAGGUGAGCUGGCCUUCUUUUCAAGAGAAUGUAUUAGGAACCAUUUUGUACCCACUGACAUGGAAGAUAAACAGAAUUUUCCAUACUAUUUGGAAGUUUAUGCCAGUUUUCCAAAAUGGUUCACUCAUCACCAAGUAUGGAAGGUACAGUGCAUUCGGAAAGUAUUCUGACCCCUCGACUUUCUACAAAUUUUGUUACGUUACAGCCAUAUUCUAAAAAUCUUAUCCAUCUACACACAAUACCCCAUAAUGACAAAGCGAAAACAGGUUUUUAGAAAUGUUGGCAAAUAACAGAAAAAAACAGAAAUACCUAAUUUACGUAAGUAUUCAGACCCUUGAGACUUGGUAAGGCAUACACCUGUCUAUAAGGUCCCACAGUUGACAGUGCAUGUCAGAGGAAAAACCAAGCCAUGAGGUCGAAAUAAUUCUCUGUAGAGCUCCGAGACAGGAUUGUGUCGAGGCACAGAUCUGGGAAAGUACCAAAACAUUUCUGCAGCAUUGAAGGUCCCCAAGAACACCGUGGCCUCCAUUCUUAAAUGCAAGACGUUUGGAACCACCAAGACUCUUCCUAGAGCUGGCCACCCGGCUAAACUGAGCAAUCGGGGGAGAAGGGCCUUGGUCAGGGAGGUGACCAAGAACCCGAUGGGCACUCUGACAGAGCUCCGGAGUACCUCUGUGGAGAUGGAAGAACCUUCCAGAAGGACAACCAUCUCUGCAUCACUCCAUCAAUCAGGCCUUUAUGGUAGAGUGGCCAGACGAAAGCCACUCCUCAGUAAAAGGCACAUGACAGCCCGCUUGGAGUUAGCUAAAAGGCACCUAAAGGACUCUCGGACCAUGAGAAACAAGAUUCUCUGGUCUGAUGAAACCAAGAUUGAACACUUUGCCCUGAAUGCCAAGCGUAAUGUCUGGAGAAGUGUGGUGGCAUCAUCAUGCUGUGGGGUUGAACAGAGAAAAGUACAGAGAGAUCCUUGAAGAAAAUCUGCUCCACAGCGCUCAGGACCUCACACUGGGGCGAAGGUUCACCUUCCAACAGGACAACGACCCUAAGCACACAGCCAAGACAACGCAGGAGUGGCUUCGGGACAAGUUUCUGAAUGUCCUUGGGUGGCCCAGCCAGAGCCCGGACUAAAACCAGAUCGAACAUCUCUGGAGAGACCUGAAAAUAGCUGUGCAGCGAGGCUCCCCAUCCAACCUGACAGCUUGAGAGGGUCUGCAGAGAAGAAUGGGAGAAACUCCCCAAAUACAGGUGUGCCAAGCUUGUAGCAUCAUAGCGAAGAAGACUCGAGGCUGUAAUCCCUGCCAAAGGUAUUUCAACAAAGUACUGAGUAAAGGGUCUGAAUACUUAUGUAAAUGUUAUAUUUCAGUGUUUUGUUUUUAAUACCGUACAAUUGCCAACAUUUCUAAAACCUGUUUGCUUUGUCGUUAUGGGGUAUUGUGUGUAGAUUGGUGAGAGGGGAAAAACUAAUCCACUUUAGAAUAAGGCUGUAAUGUAACAAAAUGUGGAAAAAGUGAAGUGGUCUGAAUACUUUCCGAAUGCACUGUAUAUUGUUUUGGAUUUGUAAUUCGGAGAAAAUGGCGAUAAAUUAAAUGUUAUUUUAAGUUAAGUCAGUUCUCUUUGGCUGUUACCAAAAGGUUAGCAGUUCAUUAUGUUCAGCAAGGAGGAUUCUUACUUAGUAGCCGCUUUCAUUAGCUUGCAAACCUUUUUGUAUUACUUGACCAUGUGUCAAAGCUAUUAACCUCUAGCAUUUACUUUUACUUUCUCUGACCCCAAUUCCCCAUAAAUGUGACAGUAAUCACCCAGGAAUUUGCAUGUGAAUUUCAUCAUUUGAAUUCCAUUUAAUUUAUAAUUUUCCUUCAUCUCUCUCUCCUUCUUCCCACCUGCCUUCAGCUAAAAGUGAAGGUGUCCACUGAGGUGGCCAUCACAAAUAUGGACCUGUCUGUAGUGGAUAAGGACCAGAGCAUCGGCACCAAGACAUCCAGGUUAGAGAGCCCAACCUCGUAUAUGAAGCCCUUUUAAUACUGCCCUUGUGAGACCCAUAACUAAGACCCAUAGUUCUUCCUGCAGGUUAUAUGGUCAGGGAAAACUCAUGGCCCUACCCAUUAGCUACACAAAAUAAUGUAUGUCUUUUUUCAUUUCCAGGGUGGACUAUCCCUUCAAGGCAAAGGGUUCCUUUACUGCAGACAGCCACCAGAACUUUGCCAUGACUUUCCAGUUAGUGGAUGUCAACACUGGAGUAGAGCUCACCCCCCACCAGGUAUUUAGCUGUUCCUAUGUGUCUACAUUUUUAUAUUCAUACACUCAUUCUGUCAACAUAGCAUUGUGCUAUUAUAUCUCUGAGUGUUGUUAUUUUGUCUUUCUCUCCAGACCUUUGUGAGGUUGCACAAUCCGAAAACUGGCCAGGAGGUUGUGUUUGUUGCUGAGCCUGACAGUAAGAACCUUUACAAGUUUGAGCUGGACACAGCAGAGCGGAAGUCUGAGUUUGACUCGAUGUCUGGAACAUAUGCCCUCCACCUCAUCGUGGGAGAUGCCACCUUGGAGAACCCCAUUCUGUGGAACGUGGCUGAUGUUGUCCUGAAGUUCCUUGAUGAGGAGGCCCCAGCAGCCAUUCAGUCUAAGACCCUUUACAUGCCCAAACCAGAUAUCCAGGUAAACAACAAGUUUUGAAUAUAAAUCUAACACGUUAAUGUGUUUCUCUACUCUUCUGGUUGCUAGUCAUAGCUUGAAAUGACAUGAUGGAAAUUAGCUAUAUAGCUAAGCUACCUUUGGUGCAAUAUCCGUGUUGUCCGUGGUCGUUGACAAAUAAAUAGAUGAAUAGCUGGGUUCUAUUCACUAGGAACCAAACGUAACUAAUCAAAACUGUGAGGGACCUACCUGAAUUUGUCCAAUUGAAACUUGUUUUCGUUGCAAAAUGUUUUCAGUUUGCUACGGUUUGGACUAAUGAUUACACCAAUGUCCAUGUUGUGCGUGGUCGCUGAAACAAAUAGAUGAAUAGCUGGACUUGACUGAUGUUCUUGUCGUGUGUAGCACUUGUUCCGGGAGCCUGAGAAGAAGCCACCCACAGUGGUGUCCAACGCCUUCACAGCCCUCGUCCUCUCACCAUUCCUGCUGCUGCUUAUUCUGGUGAGACACUUUACUUCUCAAAGUUUGAAGGUCAAAGAUCACUUUUUAGAACAUUUUCAAAUCUGCCUCUUCAGUGUGACUGUUUUUCUGUUUAACCAGGCCCUUUAGAAUAAAACCUUGAUAAUUCCUGAAUGAACCUUGGUUUUUGAUUAAAAACACUUGUUUUGAUUUGAAAUGACAAUAGCGAUGCUGUAUGUAAUUUGUGUUUUCUAUGACAUUUACAGUUUUGGGUGAUGACAUUGUCCAUACUGCGAAAGGCUUGCAUCAGUGCAUUGUAAAUUAAUCCAUUUUCAAACCUUUUGUACUGCCGUGGUCCAUGAACAAUAUUCUCUUCUUCUCUCCCCCUCUCUGUUAAGUGGUUCAAACUCGGGGCCAACAUCUCAAACUUCAGCUUCUCCCCCAGCUCUGUCCUCUUCCAUGUGGGCCACGCAUGUGAGUACGGAGUUCUGAGUCAUGGAUUACAAUGGAAAUACUGGCAUUGUCACUUCACCGAUAUCUAUUUUUCCUAGUUUAUCACUUUUACUCUGUUAUUGUGAUGUUUCAGGCAUGCUGGGACUGAUGUAUGUCUACUGGACUCACCUCAACAUGUUCCAGACCCUCAAGUACCUGGCCAUCAUCGGCAGUCUCACCUUCCUGGCUGGAAACCGCAUGCUAGCCCAGAAAGCAGUCAAGAGGUAUGGCUUCUGUUAGCAUUCGCAACACAGACUGACUGUCAGAGAUUUUCUGCCUAGAGAGCUCUUGACCACAGGGAGAAGGUUUGACCUCUUUCAUAUGAGAAGGACUCUGGGGCUUUGGGACCUCUUGGUGCUUCUCAGAGAUUGUGGCUGCCGGACGUUCACUCAGGGCCCUUGAGAUCGUGUGUAAGGGCCUACUGUGACGCGCGGCCCCCUCAGUGUGUGUCUCCAAGGGGCCCCUCACCUUGCCAGGCUAGCAGAAGAGUGGAGCCUCUGCUGUAGAGCGUAUGUCCACUGGGACCAUGAGAGGGCCUGGCCAGAUUGAACUGUGUGGGUGGUGAACUGUGUGGGUGAUUUCCCCUCAAGCCUUCCACAUGUAGAGCUCUCCAAAGGCCAUAGAGAGACAGCGGUAAUAAGUAUGUCACUGGCUGAAGACGUCAAGCUCUAAUUGCCCAGUGUUACUGUGGAAUUACUGCACCUUGCUCCUGUCCUUUCUGACCCGGUCCUUUUAACCAUAUGCUAGUCUCAUGAUCCUUUUGGUUGAUGUGGAGUCAGUGGAUUUAAUUUCACAAUUGAUGAAACUUGACUAGGUUCUGCUUGCCUGACUUUCUGUCUUUAGCCACUGUCUCCUAUAGUGCCACCUGUCUCCUUAACUCUCCUGUCUGCUCCUUGCUACAUUUCUCUCUUACAGGAUUGCCGCAGAACAAAGUAGUAGGUUGGCAAAGUAUAGGAGCCUGCGGUAAAGGCCUGUUUUCUAAUAACAAAGGGCCAGUCUUCCAGGCUAAAGUAAGGGCAUCCCUAUGGACUGCAUCCCCAUUGCCCUGUAUAAUGCAUGGCUGUGUGGUGCAGUGCUCACUCACUCGGUCUAGCGUUUUGGCCAGCAUCUUGCUCAUCCCACCACAAAAUCAUCUUUGCUCACCUUUUCCAUCCUGUCCAUGUCACCAUUUUAUUAAUCUUAAUAUUGCCUGCCAUUGUACAUGGUUAUUCUAAAGAUGCAACGUGUGUGGUGUUUCCUCAUUGGCUAAGCUCUGCAUUGUCCUAUCAUCCUCAUUGUUCUGUUGCGGAGAAAUCCUUUACACUUCCUCUUUAUGCUGCAAAGAAAUGCAUGAAGAAGUUUCACACAUCAGAUGUGUUUUAAUGUAUCCAGGACUUGUCAUGCAGGCUUUAAAUUACAGUGAUCUUUAUUUCAGAUUAAUUUGUGCCCAAUAGAAAUGAAUAGUAAAUAAUGUAUUGUCAUUGUGGAGUCACUUUUUUAAUGUAAAUAAGAAUAGACUGUGUUUUAAUAUGGACGCUACCAUGAUUACGGAUAAUCCUGAAUGAAUCGUGAAUAAUUAUGAGUGAGAAAGUUAGAGGCAUAAAUAUCAUACCCCCCCCCCCCAAAAUGAUAAUCUCCUGUGUUAAUGUAAUGGUGAGAAGUUAGCAUGUCUUGGGGGGUAUGAUAUUUGUGCGUGUAACUUUCUCACUCAUCAUUAUUCACAAUUCAUUCAGGACUAUCCAUAAUCAUGGUAUCAUCCACAACAUGAACGUAGAAGUGUUUAGAAACAUUCUAUUCUGAUUCACAAUAAAAGUGACAGCAAAAUGACAUAAUACACUAUUUCUAUUGGGCACAAAAUAAUCUGAAACACAACCAAAACAAACAGAAUGCAUCCAACAAGUUUGUAGAGUCACAAGAUUGAUGUAAUCAUUGCGUUCUAGAAAUAUGGGACCAAAUACUAAACAUUUGACUACUUUUUAAUACGCAUAAGUGAAUUUGUCCCAGUACUUUUGGUUCCCUGAAAUGGGGUGGAGGGGAGAGAGACACUGUACAAAAAGUGCUGUAAUUUCUAGCGGGUCACCAGAUUUUAUAGAUGAAAAUACCCUCAAAUUAAAGCUGACAGUCUGCACUUUAACCUCCUAGUCAUAGUAUCAUUUCAAAUCCAAAGUGCUGGAGUACAGAGCCAAAACAACAACAAAUGUCACUGUCCCAAUACUUUUGGAGCUCACUGUGGAUGAUUGUUUAAAGGUCUUUGUCUGAUAAUUUAACAUGUACAACAAACAUACUAAUGUCUGUAUUUUCUUCUCUGGCAGAAUUGCAAGUAAAUGAUGACAGAAGAUUGAAGAAGACUAAAGAUGCUUAGUUUAAGGAUUCAUUUAAAGACACAUCAUCAACCAUCAGACUGUCAUCAAAGGCAUGUUAUUCCAUGAAUCCAAUAGAAAUGUUGAAAUGCAGUUUGACUGAUUUUUUUCACUUGAAAGUAAAUGUUAAAGUCAAAUGUCUCCAGUAGAGUGAUUGGACAGAUGCUUACUGACACAGAUACUCCUAAGGGGUGUAACGCUAACCAUCCUUGCACUUCAUUUUUCUGUGACUUUGUUUUGCAAAUGACAUUUUCUUUCACAAUUGGCUUGGGGAUAUCAUUUUGUGGUUUCAUAAUGAAAUGUGGAUGGAUUUUCUUUUUGUACAUUCCUGUUUCUCAAGGCCCAUCUUACCACUGCAUCAUAAAAAUGUGCGUCAAGAAGUUAGCCUUCGAUUUUGUAAGGCCUUUUGAUAUAAGUUGAUUGAGGUGGCUUCACUGACAUGUUCAUCAUCAGUCUGUAAUAUUUGCUUGUCUCCUCACUGAAUUACAAUAAAGACCCCCCACCACCCCCCCCCAGAACAAAAUUGUGGAUGGGCAAUCCUGGAAAAUCUGAUGUUUUUGUAAUUAAAGAAAUGGGGAUUCAUUUGAGUGUACUGCUUUUUGUUAUCGGUGCAAUACACACUGUAAUUCUAUCAUUCUAAAGCCCUUGAAAUAAUAGUGCCUAUACUAAGCAUUUGUUUCAGUUGGAUGAAGGAAGCUAAAUGAAUGCACUGGACUCAUAUCAAAUCUCUUUGCUUUAUUGUGAAAACUGCGGUUACAUAUUAUUUAGUAUAAUUCUGUUUGCCAGUGUAUGAACUGAGCGACGUGUUGAUUUUCUUGACUCAAAGCUUUGAUAGGAAAAUAGCAUUUUUUCCCUCUGAAAACAAAAACAGUAUCUUAUGACAUACUUUCAG